AUGUUACCUUAUUUUAUAAGGAUCCAAUACACUCUUAUAAUUGUUAGUAUUUUUUAAGUGACUUCAUAACAAGAGUGGAUAAGAAGUAAUAAAUAAAAUAGAGGUUUUUUGGAUCUACUCAUGAAUCUUCAUAUUUUUUCUAUUUUUUUUACAUUCCCAAGCCAGAAUAGAGGUGUGUGAGUGUGCACACUUGUGUCUUUGUUUAAAAUAUAAUCAUGAAUUGCCAUGCCAGAUCAGAAUAACAGUCCAUCUAGCCCAGUCUCCUGCCUCUUACAGAGGCCAGUGCCAGCUGCUUCAUAGAAAGGUGAAAGAACUGCAUAACAACUAUUAAAUAAAUUGUAGACAAAGGAAAUUUCUACAACCCAUUCAUAAAGGUUGGAUUCUGUGCUUUAAAAUAAAUAAGUAAAGGCCAGAAAACACCAAGGUGUUUGUUUCUACUAAACCAGUCUUAGUAAAUCACAUCAAUUUUUCAGGCGUGCACACUAGAAUGUGAGGGAAAACUGCCUUCUUCAAAAGCCUGGGAAACCUGCAAGGAGAUUCUACAACUGACUAAACUGGAUCUUUCUGCGGAGGGCAACAGUGCUCCAGCAGACAACAAGAAAGAACAGGAUGAGAACCAUUUGCUAGUGAAGAAGUAUGGUGGCUUCAUGAAAAGGUACGGUGGCUUCAUGAAGAAAAUGGACGAGCUUUACCAUGUAGAACCAGAGGAGGAAACCACUGGAGGAGAGAUUCUUGCUAAGCGGUAUGGAGGAUUCAUGAAGAAAGACUCAGAUGAUGACACCCUGGCUAAUUCUUCCGAUCUGCUGAAGGAGCUUCUGGGAACAGGAGACAACAAUGAAGCUGGACAUUAUCGAGAGAUAAAUGAGAAUGAUGGGGAGGUCAGCAAAAGAUAUGGUGGCUUCAUGAGAAGCAUAAAGCGCAGUCCAGAACUAGAAGAUGAAGCCAAAGAGUUGCAAAAGAGAUACGGUGGCUUUAUGAGAAGAGUAGGUAGGCCAGAAUGGUGGCUAGACUACCAGAAACGAUAUGGUGGAUUUCUUAAGCGCUUCACUGAUUCUGUUCUGCCUUCAGAAGAAGAUGGGGAAAGUUAUUCCAAAGAGGUUCCAGAGAUGGAAAAGAGAUAUGGUGGAUUUAUGAGAUUUUAACACCCUCCCCUUUUAUCCCUUUUGUCCCAAAUGAGAGAGACUGCCUCAUUGGUCAUAAUUUAUUGUAAUGUGUUGCUUGUACUGUACAGU